AAUAUGGAAAAAGUAAAUCAUUCAGUGGUGUCUGAAUUCAUUUUGCUGGGACUUUCCCAGUCUCAGAAUCUUCAGAUUUUAUUCUUCUUGGUAUUCUCUGUGGUCUAUGUGGGGAUUUUGUUAGGAAACAUUCUCAUCUUGGUCACUGUCGCCUUUGUCUCAUGCCUUCACACACCAAUGUACUUUUUCCUUAUCAAUCUCUCCUGUAUUGAUAUGAUCCUGGCUUCUUUUGCUACACCUAAGAUGAUUGUGGAUUUCUUCAGAGAACAGAAGACCAUCUCCUGGUGGGGAUGCUAUUCUCAGAUGUUCUUCAUGCACCUCCUGGGUGGGAGUGAGAUGAUGUUGCUUGUAGCCAUGGCAAUAGACAGGUAUGUUGCCAUAUGCAAACCUCUCCAUUAUAUGACCAUCAUGAACCCCCGGCUGCUCAUUGGACUGCUGUUAUCCUCCUAUGCAGUUGGAUUUGUCCAUUCAUCUAGUCAGAUGGCUUUCAUGUUGACUUUGCCCUUUUGUGGUCCCAAUGUUGUAGACAGCUUUUUCUGUGACCUUCCCCUUGUGAUCAAACUUGCCUGCCAGGAUACCUACUUGCUACAACUCCUGGUCAUUGCUGACAGUGGCCUCCUGUCCCUGGUCUGUUUCCUCCUCUUACUUGUCUCCUACACAGUCAUAAUAUACUCCGUUAGGCACCGUGCUGCCAGUGGAUCCUCUAAGGCCUUCUCCACUCUCUCAGCUCACAUCACAGUCGUGACUCUCUUCUUUGCUCCCUGCGUCUUUAUCUAUGUAUGGCCCUUCAGUCAAUACUCUCUAGAUAAAAUACUUUCUGUGUUUUACACUAUUUUCACACCUCUCUUAAAUCCUAUUAUUUAUACAUUAAGAAAUCAAGAGGUAAAAGCAGCCAUUAAGAAAAUGAGGACUAAACACAGAAAUUCAAAACACACUUUUAGGUAA